CGCUCAGGCAGCGAAGACUGCAGCGGCCGUGGAGGAGACGGUUGCUGCGCCGGGUCCUGGGGUCGCUGCUUGAGGCGCAGGCGCCGUGGACUCAGCCCAUCCUUGUCCUUGCAUCGCCGUGGGCUCGUAAUGGCGACCCAGCAGAGGCUUUUCCACCUGGUGGUGUUCGGCGCCUCUGGCUUUACCGGCCAGUUCGUGACCGAGGAGGUGGCCCGGGAGCAGAUGUCCCCGGAGCGGAGCUCCCGCCUUCCCUGGGCUGUGGCGGGCCGUUCUCGGGAGAAGCUGCAGCGAGUCCUGGAGAGGGCUGCCAUGAAACUGGGAAGGCCGACACUGUCAUCUGAAGUUGGAAUAAUAAUUUGUGAUAUCACUAAUCCAGCCUCACUUGAUGAAAUGGCUAAACAGGCAACAGUUGUCCUCAACUGUGUAGGACCAUACCGAUUUUAUGGAGAACCUGUAGUGAAAGCAUGUGUUGAAAAUGGAACUAGCUGUAUUGACAUCUGUGGAGAACCUCAGUUUCUGGAACUAAUGUAUUGGAAGUAUCAUGAGAAAGCUGCAGAAAAAGGGGCUUAUAUCAUUGGAAGCAGUGGCUUUGACUCCAUUCCAGCAGAUCUGGGAGUAAUAUAUACCAGAAAUAAAAUGAAUGGUACAUUGACUGCUGUGGAAAGUUUCCUGACUAUACAUUCAGGACCUGAGGGGUUGUGCACUCAUGAUGGUACCUGGAAGUCAGCGGUUUAUGGUUUUGGAGAUCAGAGUAAUUUGAAAAAACUACGAAAUGAGUCCAAUUUGAAGCCUGUCCCAAUUGUUGGUCCAAAAUUGAAAAGAAGGUGGCCAAUUUCUUACUGCAGAGAACUCAACAGUUAUUCCAUUCCUUUCUUGGGAGCAGAUGUGUCUGUUGUGAAGCGGACUCAGCGUUACUUGCACGAAAAUUUAGAGCAAUCACCUGUUCAGUAUGCUGCUUAUGUAACUGUGGGAGGUGUCACCUCUGUUAUUAAGCUGAUGUUUGCUGGACUUUUCUUUUUAUUCUUUGUGAAGUUUGGCAUUGGAAGGCAACUCCUCAUAAAAUUCCCAUGGCUCUUCUCCUUUGGUUAUUUUUCAAAACAAGGUCCAACACAAAAACAGAUUGAUGCCUCAUCGUUUACGUUGACAUUUUUUGGUCAAGGGUACAGCCAAGGCUUUGGUCCUGAUAAGAACAAACCAAAUAUCAGAAUUUGUACUCAGGUGAAAGGACCAGAAGCUGGCUAUGUGGCUACCCCCAUAGCCAUGGUCCAGGCAGCCAUAACUCUACUAACUGAUGCCUCUGACCUUCCUAAGGCGGGUGGGGUCUUCACUCCUGGAGCAGCUUUCUCCAGAACAAAGUUGAUUGACAGACUCAACCAACGUGGCAUUGAAUUUAGUGUCAUUAGCAGCUCUGAAGUCUAAACAUUUGAAUAAUUAACUGAAGUCAUAAAAUGCAUGAAUUAACAGCUUUUUAAUUUGAUAUUGGAAAUUCUUCUAUAAGCCUGUCUGACUAUAUGUGGAAAAGAUUGUCAAAUCUAAAAUAUGUAUACAGUAAAAGCAGGGAAUUGUACUAGCUUACGCUAAGUUUCAAAUCUUAGCUGAUUUUUGUGAUUUUAUUGCUUGUGAGAAAAAAUUAAUAUUUGACUUUUUCAUGGAAGAAUUCAAGGUCAGUUUUUUAAGUGAGCUGGAAGAUCAGAGGGUGGGAUGGGUGGCUUUCUCUGUGGCUGACACGCCCAGGCUGGUGGUCAUGUAAGACGGCAGCUGCUCUUUUCCUUGCCAUGAUAUUGAAUGUGAUCUCACUUCCCCAUGAAUUUCUCUGCAUAGUGUAGGCCUUUGCCAAAUGAAACUGCAGUUUUUGCUAUAUUAGCCUACUUUUUCACCCAUCCACACUGACUGAAUUUGGACUCUUACCUAAGUUUAAUAAUAAAGGAUUGUCAAUUGAACAGUG